AUGCCGCUCAAUUACGACAAAUGGGCGAAUCUCGAGUUGAGUGAUGACAGCGAUAUUGAAGUGCAUCCCAACGUCGACAAGAAAUCUUUUAUCAAGUGGAAACAGCAGGACAUUCAUCACAAGCGCGAGGAGCGCAGAAGCGCCCUGAAGAAGCUGGAAAUAGAGCGCGGUAUUAACGCCGUCCUACUUCCCCGCGUACAGGCUAUUCGCGACGGCGUGCACGAACACGGCCCACAAGUGUUCAGCGCUGAGGUCGCACGCCUCGGCAACACUCCGUCCCCUGAUAAACCUCUCACCGACGCUCCGGGUCAGCCCACCUACGACGAGAUGAUGCAGAACCUUUUUAUCCAGGUCUGGGAGAAGGCCAGGGUGUUUAUUGACGACAGCGAGAAACUGGCGGCGGAGCUUAUCAGCCAGCUCACGAAGACUGAGGAGAGUGUUCUACACAGGAAUUCAGCUAUAGCUGAUGAAAUAGCCGCUAUUGAGGUCGAAGAGGGUCAGAAAAUCACAAGCGAGGGGAUCAGAACCGGUUUUGACAGCUCCCAUGUGAACAAGAUUGGGCAAGAGGAGAAUAAGUCACAGCAACAACACUCCCAGCCAUCCCAAAAAUCCCUAGAAGUCCUUAAUCCAGACGCUGCCACGAACACCCCCGCUAACACCGCCAACAACACCGCAGACGACCUCCCCUCUCUUACCCCCUCCAUGGCCACACUCGCCCGCAUACCUCUCCGCCAGUACAAGGCCCUGGUCGAGUUAAUAGCAGCCGACAAAACGCUCCUGAGUGACGUCACCACAGACGCCCUCUUCGUCGAGGCAUUCAACGCCGGGAUGGAGAAGAAGACCACACAUGCCCUUCAAUGUGUCAACGCGGGGCUAUUUAUCCAAUACUGCAACAAACUCGGCAAGGAUGGUCUCAGUUUGUUCAUGCAGCGUCUCACCCAGGCCAGAGAGGCAGAGGCAGUGUUUAUGAAGGAUGUUCAAGACACCCAUGCGCGCAUUAUGGAGCGCAGUGCGGUGCUAGCUGAGCAGUCGAGCAGCACCAACAAUCCACAGGAAAAGGAACAGAUACAGUUGAUGAGCGAGGGAGACACCGCUAUCACCUUCGACGUGCCUGAGGGACCUGCGCCUGAGAACAUUAUCCUCGAAGGCGACGCUAAGCUCCAGCAACUCGACAGUGAGACUGUCAAGCAGUGGCUCAAUCAGCGCUGGAGUAUUUUCGAAGCCUUUGACGGGGAAUUGAAGCAAGCUCUAUCUUCUAACUCUCUCGACAAUGUCAACAAAUAUCUCGCUAAUUUGCCAGUCUCCUCCGCGGAGAACAUUGUCAAGGACCUCGAUACCGCUGGGAUACUCAACUUUAGUUCGAGCGAGAUAAGGGAUGAGACGGGUGUGUGA